UUAAUGUUGCAAAAGUAUAAGAAUAAUAAAAGCAACAAAUGUAGAUAAUUUCUACAGUUUCCUUUUCGAAUGGUGUCAUGACAUUACAUUGGUGGAUGCAUUGGUUUUGGAUAACAUAUCAAACGUGCGUGUGUUACUCGAGCAUGGUAACGAUGCCAAUGCAUUCAGUUUCUGUGGCAGUUAACGAAACCAUCGGUUUUCCAAAUACGAACGUCACAGCUAAAGAUGUUGCAGCUUCUAAUUACAUUCCGCCCAUAACCACAUUAUUUACUAGUUCAUUACUAAACUCUACCGUUAUUCCUAUUAAGUUAUAUAAGACAUCGAAGAAAUAUGAUUUUCAAACAAAUUCGACCAAUCGAUUUACGACCGUAAAUCCAUUGAUUAAAAUAACGACUGUGAUAGACCAAAAUCUUACCGACGUAGGCGUAAAUUUAACUAGCAGUUCCGAAAAUACAAGUUUUAUUGAUGCGUUGAACGCGUCUUUCGGUAACAAUUAUGCAAACAGAAACAUAAUCACAAAUUCGGAACUUGUAGAAGCUAAAAGUUUUGAUACGUCGAAAAGUAGUUUGACAGCUGCUGGUAUUACGGGUAUUACUUUAGGUUGUGUUAGUAUUAUUGGAGUGAUAUGUGCUGCGAGUUUUAUCAUGUAUCGCAACUAUGGGUUUAAUCGAUUGCAGGUUCUUAAUGAUCGUUGCAGUAAUCCAGAUUCCAUGGGAUACAUUGACGACAGUACAGUACGUGAAAAUUCUGAAGAAAUGUACAGCCUAGAUAAUGAUUCUUUUUUGAAUAGUCUGGAGGCUAUGACAAUCCAGAAUUUAUGGACAGAUAGUGUGAAACAUACAAAACUCUAGAUUUAUUGUCCCCGUUUUGUAUAUAACUUUGAGUAUUUCUGGAGCUGUUCUCAUCAAUCUAAAUGUACCAGAAUGCCAAUGUGACAUUUGAUAUACUAAAACAUGACAAAUUGGCAAUCUGGAUGCAUUGUCUAAUAGAAAUUAGCUCUGAGUAUUUUAGAAUCUGUGAUGCAUAUCAAUAGACUUUGAUCAAAAUUAUUUAGUAGUUGUAUAUUUUUGUAACAGUUGUACAGUAGGUCCAGUUUUUAGUUGAAAUUUAUUUAUUUAAUUAUUCGUUGACUUUUUACAAGAUAGCGAAAGAAAUCAUACCUACAAAAGCGUAGGUCUAUUUUUUUUAAACUUACAAAACCACACUACUAUGUUAUAUUUAUUGUUAUUUAACAUAUUGGUACACAGUAAGUUUUUUAUUGUAGCAAAAAUUGAUCUUAAUAAUUUUGUAUAUUAUCAUAUCUUAUCAAGUUUCUUCCAAACGUAAAUUAUUAUAGACCCUUUUAUAAUGAUGUGUAAACAUAAUAAUACAUAACAAUCAUUUUUCUUCAACUAAAGUGCAAUAAUGUAUGGUUAGAUUAUAAUUGCUGUCCUGUGUACUAAGUAUAUCUGUAUAGGGUUUAUGUAAUAAUGACCACCUGAUUAGCUAAUAAAUUAGAUUUUUUAUUACA